AUGUACUUCUUCAUCACCCAACUAUCAUUGCUUGAUAUAAUUCUGUCUACAGAUAUUCUUCCCAACCUCCUUUAUAUCAUAUUACAUAAUGGAUGUACCAUGUCUCUUGCCAAAUGUAUCACCCAGUUUUCCUUCUUUGCCCAUGCUGAGGUCUCAGAAUGUUUUCUCCUGACUGUGAUGUCUUAUGAUCGGUAUUUGGCAAUCUGUAAGCCCCUGCAUUACAACUCUUUAAUGAACCAAUCAAUUUGCAUUAAAUCUGUGAUUACCAUUUGGUUACUAGGAUUCAAAAUGGCGUUGGUUGAUUCAAUGUCUUUGUGCAGUCUUUACUAUUGUGGCCCAAACAUCAUUGAUCACUUUUUUUGUGACUUUGAACCCAUACUACAGCUUUCCUGCUCCGAUACUUCAUGGCUUCAUAUUCAGACUUAUGUAAUAGGUUUCUUCUGUGUCGUAGCACCUUUUAUAAUAAUUGUUAUAUCGUAUAUCUAUAUUGUUUUAACCAUCCUCAAAAUUAAAACAAUUACAGGAAGACAAAAGGCCUUCACCACCUGCAGCUCUCACUUGACUGUAGUGUGCAUUUUUUAUGGGACACUAAUUGCUGUGUAUUUGUUUCCAACCCAAGGACAACUAAAUAUUCUGAGCAAGGUCCUCUCUCUGUUUUACACUGUAAUGACUCCAUUGCUUAAUCCAAUUAUAUACACAUUAAGGAACAACGAUUUUAAAAAUGCUACUGAGAAAAUAAAAUCAUAUUUGAAAUAA